AUGGCUUUACUAUAGGAACGUCAUGAUGAAGGCAGAAGAUAAAAUAAUAAUAGACAACUUGAUGAUUUCGAGAAUGACCCAGCUCUAGAUGACGAGACGAAGGCAAAACUGAGAAGAGAAAAGGCAGCUAUUGAAAGAAAAAGGAUUAGAGAACUCAUCAGACUUAGAAGAGAUGUUGAGGCAGAAAAGACUUCUGCAGGUGUUUGGGCAAGACAAGCAGAAGAAGAGUUCAAAAAGAGAAUCCUUUUGCCGAAUUCUUUAUUGAAGACAGUAAAGACUAUAAUAAUAGUCUCACUGAUGACUUUCAUCUAUAUUGCUUGGCUUUGUGGACAUAAGACAACAGCUUGCUAGAAUACUCUACUAAAAAACAUAACUUUAGAGGACAGAUUUUUGUAUUUACUGUAUUGGAUUACUACAUUCUUGCACCUCCUCUCUAUAGUGAUUAUGUUCUCAAAUUUUGGAAGAGGAACAGUUGUCUUAUCAGUAUUGAUGGGUAUUUUGAGUUUUGUUUGGCACAUCUCAAACCUUAUCCUGUACUUUACAAGUAAUGACAAUAAUGCCAAUCUCCCAUUCAUGUACUGGGCUGAAAUGAUUCUUAACUUUAUACUAAUACUUGCCAGCAUUCAAAUACUGAUCAAAGUCGACUUUGUACCACUCACCCCAGAGGAGAUUGAAAAGAUUGAACUUCAGGAAUUGAAACAUAGAAUGGAGAUCAAGCAGUAGUAGAGAAUGGAAAAAUAGAAAAAGGCUCAGGAACAUCUUGAAGUGAAUGAGUUUGGCAAGAAUAAUGGACCAAGAGAUGGUAAUUAUAAUCAAAUAAAUAAGGAGUUUUAAAACAACUUAAACAAACAAAAGAACUUUCUUUUCACUUAAACUCCCAGAACUCAAGAUAUGUGCAAGACUUAUGAUUUUUGUGGCAUUUUCCUAGCUAUAUUUGUAAGAAUCAACCUUCCCAUUGCGUGUGCCUCUAUCAGGGAUGGGAACAUUUUACGGCUUAACGUUCAACUAUUUAUGCUUGAUGAGCUUACUUUCACAUUGGAGAGCCGCAUGGGCAGACCCAGGAGUGAUUAAAAAAGGAAUGGUAAAAUACAAAUCAAAUUAGUCAAUAAUCUAAAGGAACCUCCAGGUGAAAUGGAUCCUGCUAGAGUUAAAUUGUGCAAGAAGUGUGAUAAUUCAUGGAAGCCUGAGAGAGCUCAUCAUUGCUCUGAGUGUGGCAACUGCAUUUUCAAAGUAAAUCACCACCAAGUUAAUUUAUCUAUUAGAUGGACCACCAUUGCCCAUGGGUGA